UUUUAAAUCCAGUUUUUAUUCGAGGAAAGGGAACGUCAGAUAAGCUCCCCGUUGGAGAGACAACAAACACCGAAAGCUGUGCACACAGUGUUGACCGCAGGAGAACAGCGAGAGUGAGCAGAGGUGGAGGGAGGGAAGGAAGGAAAGGUUAGAGUGGUGAUAUGGGGUGUGUUAAAGACAGAGAGGGAAAAGCUUGGUUAGGCUGGAGCAAGCGGAGCAGAGAGAAGGGUGAGAGGAUGAGAGAGAGAGAGAGAGAGAGAGGGAGAAGGGAGGAAUGGGGGCUCUGGUUUGAGGGUUGGCAACGUCCUUCCUUUUUGGAAAUUAGAUUUGUGGCAAAGCUGCUCUGAAAGCACUCGCUCAGUAACAUUCAGAUCUUAUCUCCAGCCAAACUGUUCUAAUGUUGCUCCAAGUCCGUUUUUUUCACCACACAGUAAUAUUUACACCCAGAAAUCUAUUUAGAAUUUAGUCAUUUAUUUACUCUCAACAUUCCCGUGUUGUGUUUACAGCCGAUGUGAAUAAUAUCUGUUGAACAGUGUGAUUAUAACUUAUAUUUUAAUCUCUCUUAACUGAUGUCAAGCUGCAAGUUGCUGCUUGUUCUUGUGGUUAUUCUGGUCUCAGCUCGUCACUGGGCCUCAGGAAUCGGUUUUAUAAUCAAAGACGACAGAACUUAUAAACUAAACAUAAACUUCAGGAGUUGUACUGAGUGUACUAGUGGGGCGGCUGUGGCUCAGGAGGUAGAGCUGGGCGUCCACUAAAGGUCGAUGGUUCGAUCCCUAGCUCCUCCAAUGGGAGUGUCGAGGUGUCCUUGGGCAAGACAAACCAACCCCAAAUGGCUGGCACUGUGUGAAAGUAAUAUCACAACGUGUGUUGUCGUGAGAUGAAUGUGACGGCUCCCAGUGCAACCAUUUAGUUAAACAUGUGACAACACACAGAUUUUAAAAACCCUCCUCCUCUCACAAACAACUCACCUUUGUGAAAUGCAGUAAAGCCGGAAAAACCCUCUCUCUUGUUCCUGCUCUCAAACACAACAAGCUCCACCCUGUCCAGAUAUUUCUCCGACUCCUCCUCUGCACAGAUCUGUAAGUAUAAGGACAGGCUCAAACAGCAUGGUGUGAAAUACGGGAAAUGAGUCACUCAAGUAAGUGAACGAGAGCAGAAGGAGCAGCGAUUUGUUUUCCUCCUGAGCGCAGGCUUUGUUUCUGCUCCGAGUGAAACUCUUUGACACUCACUGUCACGGGGUGAAAUGGCGCAGCAAGAAAAUCAACUGGACGGAAAACAAUUCUGCUGUUCGAUCUGUCUGGACCUGCUGAAGGUUCCCGUGACUAUUCCCUGUGGACACAGCUACUGCAUGGGCUGUAUCAAUACCCACUGGACCAAUGAGGACAAGAAGGGAACCUACAGCUGUCCUCAGUGUAGACAGUCCUUCACACCGAGGCCUGUCCUGGUGAAAAACACUAUGUUGGCCUAUUUAGUGCAGGACCUGAGGAAGUCCGGACUCCAAGCCACUCCUGCUGACGGCUGCUGCUACGCCGGAGCUGAAGAUGUGGCCUGUGACGUCUGCACUGGGAGAAAACUAAAAGCUCUCAAGUCCUGUUUGGUUUGUCUCGUCUCUUAUUGUGAAAAACACCUGCAGCCUCAUUACGAAGCAGCUCCGUUUGAGAAGCACAAGCUGGUGGAGCCCUCGGAGAAGCUCCAGGAGAACAUCUGCUCCCGUCACGGUGAGGUGAUGAAGAUGUUCUGCCGCACCGAUCAGCAGUGCAUCUGUUACCUCUGCCCUGUGGAUGAACACAAAGGCCACGACACAGUGUCAGCUGCAGCAGAAAGGACCGAGAGGCAGAGGGAGCUGGAGCUGAGCAGGGAGAAGAUCCAGCAGAGACUCCAGGACAGAGAGAAAGAUGUGAAGGUGCUUCAGCAGGAGGAGGAGGCCGUCAAUGGCUCUGCUGAUAAAGCAGUGGAGGACAGUGAGAGGAUCUUCACUGAGCUGAUUCGUCUGGUGGAGAAAAGAAGCUCUGAUGUGAAGCAGCAGAUCAGAUCCCAGCAGCAAACUAAAGUGAGUCGAGUCAGAGAGCUUCAGGAGCGACUGGAGCAGGAGAUCACUGAGCUGAAGAGGAGAGACGCUGAGCUGAAGCAGCUCUCAGACACAGAGGAUCACAACCAGUUCCUGCAGAACUACUCCUCCCUGUCACCGCUCAGAAAGUCCACACACUCAUCCAGCAUCAGCACCCGGCCUCAGAGGUACUUUGAGAAUCUGAUGGCCGCCGUGUCAAAGGUCGGAGAUCAGCUUCAGGACAUUCUGAGUGAGACACGGACAAACGCUUCACCGACGGCGACUCCAGCUGUUGUUACACUGUCACAACGAGAGCCCAAGACCAGAGCUGACUUCUUAAAGUAUUCACAGGAAAUCACACUGGAUCCAAACACAGCAAACACACGUCUCUUAUUAACUGAGGGGAACAGAAAAGCAACGUUUAUGAACAAAAAGCAGUGUUACCCUUGGCACCCGGACCGAUUCACAAUUUGGUGUCAGGUCCUGAGCAGAGAGGCUCUGACGGGACGCUGCUACUGGGAGGUGGAGUGGAGAGGAAGAGGAGUUUAUGUCGCAGUCGCCUACAAGAACAUCAGCAGAGCAGGGAACUCGUGCGAUUGUGGAUUUGGACUCAACGACAAAUCCUGGACGUUAGAUUGUGACCGAUACAGUUAUAACUUUUACCACAACAAUAUCAAAACUCCGGUGUCGGGUCCGCAGUGCUCCCGAGUCGGAGUGUACCUGGACCACGGCGCCGGCGUUCUGUCCUUCUACAGCGUCUCCGCCGCCAUGACUCUGCUCCACAGAGUCCAGACCACGUUCACUCAGCCUCUCCACGCUGGACUGUGGCUUUAUUAUGGAGACACAGCUGAGUUCUCUGGCCUCAAAUAGACUGGAGGCAUUUUAAAGAGCACCGAUGUAAAUGCUCUGCUUGAACUUCUUUGGUGCUCGCAGCUUGUUGACAUUUCUGCUGUGCACCUGUCAAUCAAAAUGUUAUAGGCAGUACUUUGACAUCCGGCAUCCGUGUUUGUUCAUGUGGCGCCGUAAUUAUUGGAAAGAUUUAUUCAAGCGGACAACUCGGAAUUUAACAUCAUUUUACAAUCAGCUCUAAAUAAUAAUAAUAGUAAUAGUAAUAAUAAUAAUACAUCGCAUUUACAGUAUAUAGGGCUUUUUCUAUAGUUCUUAAAUACGCAGGUUUAAAUAUGAACUUGUCAAAAGUUACUUUUGUCACUUGCAAACUGAAUGUCCAUCUCUCACAAGUGCCUGACACAUCAAUUCAGACAUUUUAUUGUUUUAAAAUUCCGUUUUAAAUCAUUUAUGUGUCAAGUCAACCCUGACCUUCUUUCUUUGCUCUUCGUCAUUUGGAAAGAUGUCAACACAUAAAAGCACAUUUUGUGUUUCUCUAGUAUUGCAAAAUUGGGUGUUUUUCCAAAUUGUGAAAUUCUGUGCGGAUCCAGAUAAUGUUUUGGACUCUGUGAACUAAAUAAGUAUUUUUAGGGGGUUACAUCUUUAUUCGGUUACAGUACGAUAACAGAUAUUCCUUUCUGCUCUAUCAUAGAAUGAAUAUUUUGCCUGUGUUUAAUGUAAACGGUUCACAGAAAAUGUUUGUGUGUUUGUAUCUGAUCUCAAUACAUGUAUUUGCACUAUGGUGAUGAAUCAGCCUUGGUGGAGGUUUGUGCCCUAUCUGCCCUUCUAGCUGAUAUUUAGCUUUCUCCUGGUUUUGAAUUUGCACAUUUUAUGUAAAUCUUGUUGUUUAACAGCUCUGGACAUGCAAAAGUCACUUUGGUUCAAAAUGUGCAAAAGUUGGACAGAGUGAGAAUAAACUGGUCCCUGAAGAAACAUUCCUGAGUCUGUGAACUUAGUUUCACAUCGACAAGACAAAUGGUAAAAUAAACGAGGCUUUUUUGUGGAGGGUUCAAACAGUUACUGAACAACUGGAAAUCUUUCGACCUUUCCUGUGUUUUUUUGCCUUUAGCCUGAAAUGACUAAUUCAGCUUUUCUCAAAGGUCAGUGAAGGUAUAGAUCAACAUUUUAGGAAAGACUGAUUCCAGUUGAUCUAUUUUUCAUUUAUCCUGACGCAUAAGACGGCAAAUUUUGUACAAACGAGGACAAACAAAAAAGUCUGUAUUUCCCCAAUAAACUUUGUUAUGAUGACGCUCA